AUGUUGACCACAGUCAUUCGGCGUACGAUGGCUACAGGUCGACAUUUUAUAGCAGUAUGUCAAAUGACAAGCGACAACGAUCUGGAGAAAAACUUCGAUAUUGCAAAAUCAAUGAUCGAGCGAGCUGGAGAAAGAAAGUGUGAAAUGGUCUUCCUGCCAGAAUGUUUUGAUUUCAUUGGAGUGAACAAAAACGAGCAGGUUGAUCUUGCGAUGACGGCCGACUGUGUAUAUAUGCAGAGAUAUAGAGAUCUCGCGAAAAAACACAAUGUCUGGUUGUCUUUAGGAGGACUUCAUCACAAAGAUCCAUCCGAUCACGCACAUCCAUGGAACACUCAUCUGAUCAUCGAUUCACAAGGAGCCACUUGUGUAGAAUAUAACAAAUUGCAUCUCUUCGAUCUGGAAAUUCCAGGGAAGGUUCGAUUGAUGGAGAGUGAAUUCAGCAAGGCUGGUAACGAGAUGGUUCCUCCAGUAGAAACUCCAGUUGGAUGUCUGGGUCUCUCGAUUUGCUACGAUGUACGGUUUCCUGAAUUAUCCCUUUGGAACCGACAGCGUGGAGCCCAGCUCCUCUCUUUCCCGAGUGCUUUCACAUUGAAUACCGGACUGGCUCACUGGGAAACUCUUCUACGUGCUCGUGCUAUUGAGAAUCAGUGUUAUGUUGUGGCUGCUGCUCAAACUGGAGCUCAUAAUCCAAAAAGACAAUCGUACGGUCAUGCAAUGGUUGUGGAUCCAUGGGGAGCUGUGGUAGCUCAAUGUUCUGAGAGAGUUGAUAUGUGCUUCGCUGAAAUUGAUCUGAGCUACGUAGCCAGCCUUCGCGAAAUGCAACCAGUCUUUUCGCAUCGCCGUUCUGAUUUGUAUACUCUUCAUGUCAAUGAGAGAAAUCAUGAAACAGAUGAUCUAAAGUUUGCCGAGUUCCCAAUCCCAGCGAGCCACAUUUUCUACAGUACUCCUCAUUCGUUUGCGUUUGUCAAUUUGAAGCCCGUUACUGAUGGGCAUGUUCUCAUCAGUCCGAAACGUGUCGUCCAGCAUCUGACUGAUUUGACUGAUGCGGAAACAGCCGACCUGUUCAUUGUGGCCAAAAAAGUUCAAGCAAUGCUUGAGAAGCAUCAUAACGUGAAGGCGUCGACAAUAUGUGUUCAAGAUGGAAAAGAAGCUGGACAGACAGUUCCUCAUGCUCAUGUUCAUAUCCUUGCUCGACGUUCUGGAGAUUUCGGUGACAAUGAAAUCUACCAAAAACUAGCAUCCCAUGACAAGGAACCGGAAAGAAAACCACGAUCAAAAGAGACGAUGGCUGAGGAAGCAGAAGUGUAUAGAAAACUCAUGUGA